AUGGAGCAGGACAGCGAUGGGAACGAGCCCGUGGACGCGUUUCCGACGCCCGCGUCGCACCCGAUCGACAUUGAUGCGUCAGGCAGCUUUGACUCCUCCGGGAUGAGUGGAAUACAGCCCCUGCCCGCUGCCCCGGGCCCAGUCGAUCUGCGCGGCGCUGUGCUCGCCGAGGGGCUCGGAACGAAGGCGGUGGUCGUCCUCGGCAACGGCGCGCGGUCCGUCCGCGUCCACGUGGGCAUCGACGCCCCUACGUCGCUGCCGGCCCAGCAAGUGUUGGAGGCGCUGGCUUCCGCGCUGGGAGCCGAAGCGUUCGUCCCCGGUCACGCCGCCGCGAUCUGCGCCGUCCAGCACGCCGCGACGCGCUGUUCCGGGCCCCAGGACCUCCACGCGGCGGAGUGGGGGGCCACAGCUAGCGCAAUCCUCACGUGGCUCGGCGUCAGCGGGCAGAACCUUCGCCGAAGCCAAGAGACGGACCGGGGCGGGAGCGGCCGCACCCCGUUCGAGCGUCUCGUGGCCGACUCGGCGCGGCGACGCGGCACCGACGCCACAGGCAGGGCGGUUGCGGCCCUCCUGUCCAACAUCGGGCUUGACGCGCAGCUGGCCGGCUCGACACGCGUGGCGGCCGGCGGACGGGGCGACGCACGGCUUGCUGCUGCCGCGAGCACGCUCCAUGCGCUGUACGAGGCGUGGCGGAUCGAGCCGCUGUGCUGGAGACACCUGCCAGCGCUCGCUGACCUGCUUGGGAGCCUGUGCGCCGCGCUUGGGUGGCGCGCGCACGCGGAGCGGUACUGCCGUGACGGCAUGGCGGUUGCGGUGCCGGACCGAGACGCGAAGGGCGAGCCCGCGGUGGCGGACUUGCUUGAAGGGUGCCGCUUGCUGGCGGCGGGCCGCGUGGAGGCUGCACGCGGGGUGCUGCCGCCGCAGCUCGCAGGAGAGGGACGCCUGUCUGCGGGCGAUAUCAGGAAGGUGCCGACGUGCAUGAGGCUUGCGGUGCGCGUUGUGGCGGCGUACCACGUGCUCGCGGCCCAGGCGCGCGUGGCGGCUGAACUGCGGGUGCGGCGGGCGCGCGAGGGGCGCGCAGCGAGCGCGGACGGUGCGGACGGGGCGGACGCCGUCGUCCUGCUGCGGCGCAUGACGGAGGUCGGCUGGACACCGGGCGAACUCGACCGCGUGGCCGCGGGCGUGGCGCUGCCCUUGCGUCAGGCGCUGUGGGACCUCAAACAGCGGCCCCCGGAGGGACUGACGCCCGCAGCGUACCUGAUCAUCGGCCGCGACGACGUCGCCGCGAUGGCUGCACGCUCGACCGCGUCGGACGGCGACACCGUCGCGCUGGCGUGGGUGAGGAGUCUGCAGGCUUUCGCACGCCCGCAGACAGAACGAUUGCCGGUCCAGGACGCCGAUGACGCAGACGACGAGGCCGUGGUGUCCGCGGACGGCACGCCGGGCGCAGCGCCCUUGCAGGGCCAUGCGAGGCUGCCGCCGUGGUCGCACUCGGUCGUCACCGGGGUGGGUGCGCUGCGCUUCCCCCGGGACCGGCGCGUCGCGGAGGUGGUCGCGCUGCUGGACUCGUCGGCGACGCGGGACGUCUUUCCGCCGUCGAACGACGCCGACGCAGUGCAGACGCUGCUGUACCGGACGGCCGCGCGCACCCUCGGCCUGCCUGCGGGGCGCGGCGCCAUUGCGUUGCACACCGUGCGCGUGUUGCCCAGCACGGUGCUCGCCGCCCCGCGACUCGUCAUCAACGUGCGCCUGCCGCACCAGAACAACGCGAUCGUCGGCCCGGACGAGCGCACGGUGCUCGCCAACACGUCGCGGCCCAACGUGGCCGCGCUGCUUCGCUGGGCGUUCUUCUCGAACGGCGUGGCCGAGGGGCUGCGGGCCUCGCCCGGCGGCGCCGCGGGAUCGCGGUCGUGGGUCGCGCUGCAGCGCGUGACGCUCACGAAGGACGCCCCGACGGAGGUGGUGUUGACGCAGGCGGGCACACUGCUUGGACUCGGGCUGUCCGGGAACCUCGCCUCCCUGUCUUCGACGGACGUGUACACCUUGCUGUCCCUGGACCAGCAGCCGACGACCAUGGCGACGCUGCUCGGCACAGCGGCGUCGCGGCGCGGCUCCAUGGACACGUCGUUCUCGCGGAUGCUCUUCCUCCACAUCCCGUCCCGCCACCCGGCCUCCUACCCAGAGAUCGACGUCGUACCCCUGACUCAGUCUGCCGCAGUGCUGGGCGUCGGACUCCUCUUCCAAGGGUCCUGCCACCGCCUCAUGUCCGAGGUGCUGCUCGAGGAGAUCCACCCGCCCCCGUGGGACACGCCCGCACCCCCCAGCGGCGCGCCGAGCGGGUCUCGAGAGGGCUACGCGCGCUCGGCUGGUCUGGGGCUCGGGCUGGUGCUGCUGUGCUCGGGGGGGCGGGCGCCCGGGCUUGCCGACCUGAACAUCGAAAGUCGGCUGCGCGCACUGAUGACGGGCGGCGUGGACCCGUCGACGGGCGCGCACGCCGCCACGAUUCGAAAGGUGGGGCAGCCGGCCAAGACCAGGCGCGCGGAGGACGACGUGUGCGACGCGGCGCGGAGCAACAUGCGGCGCGUCAAGGCGUCGAGCACGACGCUCGAAGGCGACCUGCCGGCGCUCGACAUCACGUGUCCCGGCGCGACGAUGGCCCUUGCGCUGAUGUACCAUCGAACGAACGACAUGCGCGCCGCGUCGUGGUUCGAUCCGCCGGCGUCGGCUGCGGGGCUUGACCUCGUCCGGCCGGACAUGUUGCAGCUACGAACGACCGCGUGGUGCCUCGUCGCUUGGGACUCGGUCGGCAACACACCUGACUUCAUUCAGAGCCGCCUUCCGCCGACGCUCAAGGGCCGCCUCGCGGACCUCUUGUCGCCGCCGGAACCAGGAGACGAUAUUGAUGGCCUCGAGAGGAAGCUGGCGAGGGACGGCGAGGACCUCGCGUCCAAGACUGCCGGCCACCUGAGCAUGAUCACCGGGCUCGGGCUCGGCGUCGGUCUGCGGUACGCGGGCAGCGGAGACGCACAAGCCGCGCGGACCAUCCGCGGGGAGAUCGAGCACAUUCUUGACUGCAUGCGGCUCAUCCACGGCGUGACGGGCCACGCCCUGAAGGCGGGCAUCAGUCGCUACGCGGCCGAGGGAGCCCUGGCAACUCUCGCAAGCGCACUGGGCAUGAUCAUGGCGGGCACGGGCGACCUCGAGUGCGUGAAGCUGCUGCGCGCGAUGUCGCUCAGGAACGCGAAGGAAAUGACAUCGGACCACCACGCCACGCUGUCCCUGGCGCUCGGCAUGCUGUUCCUCGGCGGCGGCUCGAUGACGCUCGAGCAGUCCCCGGCGGCGACCGCGGCCCUGGCCAUUGCCUUCUUCCCAGACUUCUCGUCCGCGCUGGGGUCCAUCCAGCGGCACCUGUACGCGAUGGCCGCGGUGCCCAGGAGCGUCACCGCGAUUGACGUCGACACGCGCCUCCCGGUGCAAGUCCCGAUCUCCAUCACGGCCACGUCCGAGGCAGCGAGCGGCCACGACGCGAGCAUGGCGGCAGACGAUCAGCACGCGGCGCUCGACACCCACGCCACCGCGCCGUGGCUGCUCCAGGAGCGCUCCAGGAUCCAGGCCCUGCGCACGAUGGGGCCGCGGUACCUUCCGCUCGUGCUGGGCGACGGCGCCAGCAUCGACGCCCUGUUCCGCCAGCGCGUCCUGCUCGUCAAACGGCAGGCCGGGUCGCUGCCCUACGCGCGAGACGAGUCCGGAAUGCGGUCGCUCGCUCUUACGGCUCGCCUGCCGCGCACCGCGUCCCCCGCGAACGGGCACGGAACCGUUGCAGACGCCAGCUUGGAGGAAGCAUGUUGUCUCUUCGGGUCUGAUCCAUGCCUGUCCGCCCUCGCGCGCGACUGCACGAGGGGCUUCGCGGGGGCGAUGCGGGGUGUCGAGCCCGGGCUGUUCGAGGCCAUGCUGAGGCGCGCGCUGCUCGAGGGGACGGAGGAGUCCCUGACUCUCUGCCUGGCCCUCCUCUCCGACGUGACGAGCGCGUGCGACGCGGCGCGGCGCGCCGGCGACAGCUACCUGCCCGCGCUGGUCGGCCACGUGAUCGGAGUGGCGCUCACGCACGCCGGGAUGGCCGAGGUGGCCGACGCGCGCCACUGCGGCCCGCUGGUACCUCCGGAGGUGUUGCGGCACCUGUGGGAUGCGCUGCUGGCCGCCACGCUCGAGGGCGGCGCGGGCAGUGCGCUCAGACGGUGGCUGGCUGGGGAUGCGUCGGGCGGCGCUGCGCCUGGGGCGGCCGUGACCGGCUGGAUGGCGCUGGCGGGCCUGCGCAGCUGGGACGGCCUGGAGUGCGCGUUGCGGCAGGCUGACGCGGUCGGGAGCGUCGCGGUGGCUGCUUGGGCGGUGGGGUCAGGUGGGAGCGUCGGGGGCGGGUGGAAGCUGCUGAGCGCCCUCGAGGAGCUGCGGAAAGAUCCUGGAUUCUGA